GCACCUCAUUCCCAUAGUUCCUGCAAUAUUGGAGCAGUCGAGCAUUACUGUUUAGCAAUGGCUGAAAUUACAGAGAAGAAAGAAGAGCAGCUCCCUUUGAGAGAGAUGCCAGGGAUAACCAAAAUUUCAUAUUUUGGUGCCUUGAUAGAUAGGCUUCAUUACUUCUGGUUCGACGGCCCGGACAAGUAUUUCGCAGACCGGGCGCGGAAAUAUAACAGCACUGUCUUCCGGACCAACAUGCCGCCGACGCCGCCGGGGUUCCCCGGUGAUCCAAGGGUUGUCAUCCUCCUGGACUCCAAGAGUUUCAGGACCUUGUUUGACAAUUCACUUGUGGAUACUAGCAAUGUGCUUGGUGGGCAUUACAUGGUGAGCACUGACUUCACAGGUGGGUUCAGGGUCCUGUCCUACUUGGACACGGCUGAGGACCAGCACACCAGGCUCAAGUCCUAUGUCCAGCACCUCUUCAUGCUCAAUGCUCGCCGGUGGUUGCCGGAGAUCCGGCGAGCCGUCGAGGAAACAUGGGAUAAGCUCCAAGGUCAACUGCCGGAAGCGAAGGCGAACGAUGCGUUUGGUAGUUGUGUUUUCAAUUUCUUGUCGCGAACAUUGCUCGGGCGAGAUCCUCUGGAGCCAGGUCCGGCCAGUGUUGGUGAAGAGGGUGCGAGCCUUUGCUUGAAAUGGCUUGCACCACAACUUGCUCCUGGAGUAAACCUUGGGCUUCCACAUCCAUUGGAGGAGUUGGUGUUCCAUACCUUCCCUUGGCCUUACUGGACUGUGAAGAAGAACCACCAGAAGCUUUAUGACUUCUUUAAGACUUAUGGGGGAAAGGCACUGGACAUUGCAGAGGAUGAAUAUGGAGUCCCAAAAGAAGAAGCGAUUCACAAUUUGAUAUUCAUGUUUGGGCUUAAUGCUGUAGCAGGCUUUAGUUUGUACCUACCCACCAUGCUAAGAUAUGUUGCAAACCAGGGAAGCAAGUUGCACUACAGAUUGGCAGAAGAAGCAAGGAAUGCAAUAAAGGAGAAGGGCGAUCUGAACUUUGAAGCCCUCAAUGCCAUGCCACUGAUCAAAUCGGUUGCCUACGAGGCGCUGCGGAUCCAACCGCCGGUGCCGCGGCAGUAUGCAAGGGCAAGGAAAGACUUGAUCGUAGAGUCCCAUGAAGCAAGGUUCUUGGUGAAGAAGGGGGAGCUCAUGUGUGGGUACCAGCCAUUUGCUAUGAGAGAUCCAAAACUGUUUGACCGGCCGACCGAGUUCGUGCCGGACCGGUUCGUCGGCGAGGAAGGCGAGAAACUUCUUGAGCGGGUUUGGUGGUCGAAUGGGCCGGAAACAGAGGCGGCGACGCCCCAUAACAAGCAGUGCCCAGGGAAGGACAUAGUGGUGCUAACUGGAAGGAUGGUGUUAGCAGUUCUCUUCUCCAAGUUUGACACCUUAACUGUGAGGUCCCCAACUGAAUCAAAAGUGGUCAUCACAUCGCUGACGCCUAAGAUGUAGAGACUUUGCUCAGUUCCUCCCGUUCUUCACCUUUCUCAUGUUGUUCCUUCUUCCUAUUCAUUGAUGUACUCAUGGGAUUCGAAUUAUUAAUAUUCCAAGUUAUUCUUUUUGCAUUAUUAAUAAGGGAGGGAUUCCAUAUUUACUACCAUUCUGUAUCUAUUUGUGGAUUAAGUCUUGUAGGUAGUUGAUGUUAUUGUGUUGUAAUUUCAUUGAAGAAUGUCGAAGAAAAAUCAAAAGAGA